GGGCUUUCCACGAGGCAGACCCGAGCAGAAGCAGUUUUGCAGGCAUGAGAAAUCACAGUGAGAGCAACGCUUUUUCACCAUAUGUUAAUGUGAAGAGUGAACAGUAAAUGGUUAAUCUUACUGCGAUCUGGUUCUUAUUAACUGUGGUUUAUCCGGACGUUAAAUUCGGCGUUUCGUUACACCCGAAGGAGAACGUGACAGUGAAAAAGCGACAUUAUCAGGUGUUUCAAGUGCUGCAAUGUCAGCUCAAUCCAGCAUCAAGUCGACGCCGCCCAGCGACAGGGGCAGUAAACCGACAUCAAGUAAGCCCACCCAGGCGUUAUCAGGUGUUCCAAGUGCUGCAAUGUCAGCUCGAUCCGGGAUCAAGUCGAUGGCGCCCAGCGACAAGGGCAGUAGAACGACAUCAAGUAAGUCCGCACAGGCAAGAGCCAAGGCAGAAGCCGCCAAGGUGCGACUGCAUUACGCCAAACAAGAAGCAGUUUUGAAAAUUAAACUGGCUGCCAGAGAAGCCGAAAGGGCCGCCAGAAAGGCAGAAGCCGCCAAGGUGCUACUGCGUUACGCCAGACAAGAAGCAGUUUUGAAAAUGAAACUGGCCACCAGAGAAGCCGAAAUCCAGAAAGAAAGGGCCGCCAGACAAAGAGAAGAGGCCGCCAGAGAAGCCGAAACCCAGUUGGAAAUGACAAAAAUAUCGACAGAGUUGCAUGUGCUGCAGCUAGAAGGAGAAAGAGAAGCUGCCAGGGUGGAAGCAAAGUACAUAGAACAAGCUGGAAAAGGGUCGCGUGAUCUGACCGAAGUAAGAUCUACUUUAGAAAGGACCAGACUGGAACGCACAAGUGACUAUGUACAAUAUCAAAUAGACAGGCAGGCUCGUCUCCCCUCUCCAUACGUAUUCGAUAACUUCCCCAGCUACGAGGAACCUCAGAGAGUCACGAUUGCAUCACAUCCAUACGAGGAAGGAAAUUUACCCUCACGGCUCCGUGAUGAAGUCAAGAAUGAAAGAACCGACAACGCUCCUUCACCCCCACAACAGGACGGCGGGGAGGGAGAGGUUCACUCCAGGACAACAAUUGUCAGCUCGAACUGUACAGAAGUUUGCGGUCAAACUCAGUCAAGCCGUUCUUGUUCCGAGAUCUGCCUCACUGAGGUGUACCCUAAAGAAGCACAACAAGACAUUACCAAGCGUAAAGUAACCGACGAGACGCUAGGUCAGUCAGUUUUCGUUCAAACCGAGCACGGAAACAAACUUGCACAAUCAGCUCAAGAUACCAUUUCUUUAAAAACCAAAGACACCAAGGUCUUCAGAGAUGAAGCAAAUAAUGGGAUUGCCCCAUUGCCAAUCAGAGAACCACGCCAGCGCUCACCAGAUAACAAAGAGCAGGCAGUCAAACGGUUCACGUCCUUACGGAAAACCCGGAAAAGGAAACCCGAGAUGCAGCAACGCACCCGAUUGGCCCACGAGGUACUGUGCACCCUAAUGGCAGAGGUCACAGCCAUUAUAAACACACAAUCAUUCCUACCUGUGUCUUCUGACCCAGAAAACCCCUUUAUACUUUCGCCAUCAACGCUCCUUACGCAGAAGGCAGGAGCACCUCCUCCACCAGGAGACUUCUCAGACAAGGAUUUGUACACAAAGCAAUGGAGACAAGUCCAGGCUCUGGCAAAUCAGUUUUGGUCUCGCUGGAGACAAAAAUAUCUACCCUCGUUGCAACAGAGACAAAAGUGGACAGGACCCCACAGGAAUCUGGCCAAUGGCCAGAAUCACUGCUACAUUCCCUAGCGGGGAUGGACAUGUCAGGAAGAUCGAAUUGAAGACUACCGACCAAGGCGAUGUGAAAAUUUACCAAAGGCCAGUUACAGAAGUUAUUCUACUUCUACCCAAUGACUGAUUAAGAGACUAAGUUUUGUACUCUGCUCAUUGUGACCUUACGAAGGUCAAGCGGGGAGUGUGCUGUCUUUACGACAGUUAUUUAGUUUAUAAUAUUUUCGCUUAGUAAUUCAUUCAAUAGUAUUUUCUAGUUAGAAUUAGAAGUGUUUAAAGUGUAUUCAUUGCAUGUAAAAUAUAUCGGCAUGCGAUGACGUCACAUCCGGUUUCGCCGCGUCUUGUGGGAAAACACCGGUUUGAAAUUAGCGCGAGGGUGGGGGCUUUCCACGAGGCUCACCUGAGCAGAAGCAGUUUUGCAGGCAUGAGAAAUCACAGUGAGAGCAACGCUGUAAGUUAAUAGAUAAUCGAUAUAUUGAACUAAGAUGUUAAUGUUGAUCCUGUUAGAGGUAACGACGGUAGAUAAUGUUUAUGCUUUCCUUAGUUAAAGAGUCGCGGAUAGUUUGCAUGGAAGUGUAUUUAAAGUAGUCAAUGGAGCAGGUAAACUCUCCCUGUAUACUGCACCUUAGUGUAAUGUAGUUAUAGUCACCUUUGCAAGUAUUUACACUUGAAAUGUGAUAUUAAGGAAGGAACAAAUACUGUAUCAAUCUUGUAUUGUUUUAUCAACAGUUUUCACCAUAUGUUAAUGUGAAGAGUGAACAGUAAAUGGUUAAUCUUACUGCGAUCUGGUUCUUAUUAACUGUGGUUUAUCCGGACGUUAAAUUCGGCGUUUCGUUACACCCGAAGGAGAACGUGACAAGGGAUAAAAUUGGUCCUAUUGAAGAUCAGAGUGGUCGGCUAUGUAUGGAACCAAAAGAAAUGGGGGAGAUCUUAAAUGGGUUUUUUGCAUCUGUAUUUACUAAGGAAACUGGC